GGCAACGACUCCACAGAAUCACGGUUUACCCCGCGAGGCCGCGACCUGCGUGCGCUCUCCCUCUCUCUCUUCCGACACCCACUCCGCCGCCUCCGCCGCCCCACGCCAGGUGGCGAGGCCUUCGUCGGUCUUUUCACCGGCGACGAGCACCCACCAGGAAUAUUCGUGUCAAGUUUGCAUUGAAGUAUUAUGUCAGGGAUCGCAACAAUUUGUCGCCGGUCAUGUCGAUCAGCUGCUAGUCAGACUCUAAUGGAGACAUAUUUUGGCCCGUCUGUAUCUUCUGGUGCUCUGAGGUGGUUCAGCAGUGGUGCUAAGCACUCAAGAAAACCUGACUUUUCUGUUGCUAACAAGAUUAAGGUGGUGGAUUGGUAUUCUGCAGUUAAUGAUGUGUCAAAGAUCAGAAUGUUGCCCCUUUCAUGCCGUAUGAACACUAACUGGUUGAUUGCUUCAAAGUCCAGACAUGGUGCAUUGCCAGGAUUCUUAGGUGUUUCAAGCUUCCAUCGUGGAUACUCGUCAGAUACUGGAAUCAAGCCAGAAGCUUCACAGAGUGCUGUCUCUAAUCUUCCUUCUACAGAAAGCUCUGAGGUUGGCACUGCAGGUGGUGGUGGGGGUUCAUGGAUUGAGAUCUUGGAUAAUGCUCGCAAGUCUACUCUAGAUGCUACCACUGAUGCAGGCAAGAAAGUCAAGGAGCUGACUGAUGCAGUUGCACCUCAUGUCCAGCAGCUAUUUGAUACAUAUCCAAAUCUUGAAAAGGUAGUUGUUCCACUUGGCGGAACACUAUGUGGUACAAUGAUGGCAUGGUUGGUCAUGCCUAUCAUUCUAAGGAGGCUUCACAAGUAUGCAUCACAAAGUCCUAUAGCAGCACUCAUGGGGAACUCAACCAAGAUUGAUGUUUCGUACCAAUCUAGUCUCUGGUGUGCAUUAGAGGAUCCUGCAAAAUAUCUGAUCACAUUCAUGGCAUUUUCAGAAAUGGCGUCACUUAUUGCACCAAGCAUAUCAACUUAUCUUCCACAGGCAUGGAGGGGUGCAUUUGUUCUGUCUUUUGUAUGGUUCCUUCAGAGAUGGAAAACCAACUUCAUCGCUAAAGCUAUGGCCAAACCAGAUGCCUCAAGUGUUGACCGCGACAGGAUUUCAGCAUUUGAUAAGGUUUCUUCAUUGGGACUGAUUGGACUAGGAGUAAUGGGUCUUGCUGAAGCUUGUGGUGUAGCUGUUCAAUCAAUAUUAACUGUUGGUGGUGUGGGAGGUGUCGCUACUGCUUUUGCUGCUAGAGAUGUCCUUGGUAACAUUCUGAGUGGGUUCUCCUUGCAGUUUUCUAAGCCAUUCUCAAUUAACGACUACAUAAAGGCGGGGCCAAUAGAAGGUAGGGUGGUUGAAAUUGGACUUACUUCUACUUCAUUGAUCAAUCCAGAGAAGCUCCCUGUCAUAGUACCCAACUCUUUGUUCUCCAGUCAGAUGAUAGUUAACAGAUCACGAGCUAAUUGGCGAGCUAGUGUGACAAAGAUUCCUAUACGAAUUGAGGAUAUUGAGAAGGUUCCUCCUGCAUCAGAGGAGAUAAAGAAUAUGUUAAGGUCCAAUCAAAAUGUGUCCUUUGAUAGUGAUGUUCCUUACUGCUAUCUCUCGAGAUUGGAAAGUUCAUAUGGAGAACUCACCAUUGGAUGCAACCUAAAAAACAUGAGAAAAGAUGAGUGGCUAUCUGCCCAACAAGAAAUUCUUUUGGGAGCUGCUAGGAUUAUCAAGUCACAUGGCAUUGAAUUGGGAAGCACCAUGCAGUGCUGUUAAUUCACGCUUCCCGGGACUUGACUUUUAAGUAGGGUAAUACCUUUAGCCUGCAGAAGUCUAGAACUCUACAUACAGACGACACCUAGGAGUUUUGCUUACGGGUGCGAAGGUAAAGACGUCAGUGUUUUAUGUCUUGACAGACCAUUGACACCCACUACCAAUACUAUUUUGUUACUGCCAUUUCCUUUGGAACUAAAGCCCAGCUCCCUUUUGUGGUCUUCCGUUUUGGUUGGUGCUUGGAUCCGUUUCUGGGGAGCUUCGUUAUCCAAUGUAGACUGGUGAACUUUUGCUCCGCGGGCCGUGUGGUAUGGAUGAGCCGUGAGCGGAUUGUUGCCCAUUUCUGUGAAAUAUUGGGUUUUAACCUCGAAUUUUUAAGUGUUUGACAUAGUAGUACUCAAUUGUCUAGCUCCUGAUAGUCGACCAUCUCGAAGCAAUUGGUGUUUGACAGUCCAUUUCUGAGGACUUGCAAGUUGCUUGCCCCAGGAUAGAAUCUCUGCUUUACCA